AUACAAUAUUUACCACAAACACACUAUAUUGCCAAAAGCAUUGGGACACCCCUCCAAAUCAUUGGAUUCAGGUGUUCCAAUCAGCUGCUUCUACAAAUAUUUGUGAAAGAAUGGGUUACUCUCAGGAGCUCAGUGAAUUCAAGCGUGGUGUGAUACCGUUAUAGGUUGCCAUCUAUCCAUCCAUGAAAUUUCCUUGCUACUAAAUAUUCCAUGGUCAACUGUUAGUGGUAUUAUAACAAAGUGGAAGCAACUGGGAACAGCAACUCAGCUACAAAGUAGUAAGCCACGACAAAAUGGCACAGCGGGGUCAGUGCAUGCUGAAGUGCAAAGUGCACAGAAGUCUCCAACUGUCUACAGAAUCAAUAGCUAAAGACCUCCAAACUUCGUGUGGCCUUCAGAUUAGCACAACAGUGUGUAGAAAGCUUCAUGGAAUGGGUUUCCAUGGCCAAACAGCUGCAGUGCAAAGUGCAGUGCACAGCGUCAGAUGCAGUUGUGUAAAUCGUGCCACCACUGGAUUUUAGAGCGGUACUUGCCUGACUGCAUUGUGCCAAGUGGAAAGCUU